GAUCUUCUUUACGACAAACGUUCCACAUAAUUACGAGGUCGAAAACACACGAGUGAGCUCUUUCAAGAUGGCGGAAAAAUACGAUCUAACUUCGCGUGUUGGUGCUUAUUUGGAUAGACACUUGGUUUUUCCGCUGCUUGAAUUUUUGUCAAGUAAAGAGAUAUACGAUGAAACAGAAUUGCUUAAAGGCAGACUGGAACUGUUACAGGGAACGAAUAUGUUGGAUUUUGUAAAAGAUGAAUAUCAAAGAUUACACCAAACAGAAGAAGUCCCUGAAGAAUUAAUGGAAAGGAGACAAGAAGUAAUUCGUCAAAUGAAAGAACUAGAAGCUGCGACUGAAACUACCACAGCUGCGUUUGACGAUCCAGAUUUUCAAAAUGAGGCUGCCAAUGCUAGAGAUGGUGUGGUGUUAUUUAAAUAUUUAAAUGACAACUUUGGAAUAACAUCAGAAAAUCUUGCCACAUUAUAUCAAUACGCAAAAUUUCAGUAUGAAUGUGGAAACUAUUCUGGUGCAUCACAGUACCUUUAUUUUUAUCGUGUCUUGGUACACGAUGAUGAUAAAAAUGCUGCAUCAGCAAUUUGGGGAAAGUUGGCUUGUGAGAUUCUCACGCAGAACUGGGAUGCAGCACUGGAAGAUAUUAACCGUUUAAAGGAAAUAAUUGACGGCGAUCUUUAUUCGCAUCCACUUCAACUUCUGCAACAAAGAACAUGGUUAAUACACUGGAGUCUGUUUGUAUUCUUUAAUCAUGCAAAAGGAAGAGAUCUAUUGAUAGACAUGUUUCUUUACCAACCAAAUUACUUGAACGCUAUUCAGACAACAUGUCCUCAUAUUCUGCGUUACUUGACGACUGCAGUUAUAACAAAUAAGCGUAGAAAACAAAUCCUGAAAGAUUUAGUUCGAGUUAUUCAACAGGAAUCGUAUACAUACAGGGACCCCAUAACAGAGUUUUUGGAAUGUCUUUAUGUUAAUUUUGAUUUUGAUGGAGCACAGAAAAAACUUGUGGAAUGUGAAACUGUACUGUUAAAUGAUUUUUUCCUGAUAGCUUGUUUGGACGAUUUUAUUGAAAAUGCACGUCUGUUUAUAUUCGAGACGUUCUGCAGAAUACACCAAUGUAUCAGUAUAAAUAUGUUGGCAGAAAAGUUAAACAUGUCUCCAGAAGAAGCUGAGAGAUGGAUAGUCAAUUUAAUUCGAAAUGCUAGACUGGAUGCUAAAAUUGAUUCUAAACAGGGUCAUGUUGUCAUGGGAACACAAGCAGCAGCGGUACACCAACAGGUGAUAGAGCGCACAAAAGGGUUAAUGUAUAGAACUCAAAUGGUAUCAGCCAGUAUUGAUAAAAAACUUGCAUCACUACAAAAACAACCAUAUUCAGAACCAUUUGCUAUGGCAUGGGGAACGUAUGAUGGAUGAAGAAAAAAUGUUUAUAGUGUUUCUUGCAAAAAAUAAAUACAAUAUAUCCGCCAUCAA